UUUUCGGUAGUCUAGUUGACGAGGUGUUGUGAUAACGGUAUAAGUUAAGAGUCAGAAGCCGUGGGUCGACAGUGACAUUUUCUUUAUUGAACUAAGAACUAAUGCAAUGUUAUACAAAAAGAUUCAGGUAUUUAUAUGAAACAUACAAGGAAAUAGGAAAACUUAAAUGGUACAUUGACAUAGAUUCUACAACACAGCUGUUAUUACAUCAGAUGGUUAUAGCGGAUGUUCAAUAGGAAGUAAGUGUCCGAGAAGGCAUUCUUCUCACGACCUUAAAUGAUCUUUAAUAUGUGAUUACAAGGAAAGUCCGGGAUAAAAUAAGAUUACAACAGUCAACACGAGGCGUUCCGGUAGCGAAAGUGUUAAAAACAAAAGACAUAGGCAUUGUUUUCCAGUAAGAGCCUCCAGCUCUUAGAAUACCUGGGGACACCCUUUCCCGAUUAUAUCAAAUAUACAUCUACCUUUCUCUCUCUCGCAUCCCUCCGACGGGAUGACAAAAGUGCGCCUUAAAAGGUCGCCAAACAGUUGCCAACCAUUACAGUCUCCACCGUUAAAUGUGGUAACACUAUCAGUGAUAAUUUUUUUUUUCCCGGGGACUCCCCAACGACACUUGUUGCGUAUCAUUGUAUUUCUCUUUCCUUUUAUUUUACUUUUAACGUCGUCAGUGAACAGUGAGUACCUACCUACUCGAGCACAAUCUAAUAUUGUAUUGUUUAAAUAAAUUAGAAAACUAAAAUUAUGGAUAAAAAGAAGAAACCCAGUGGUGCAUUUAAACGCAAACAACGCCAAGAAAGAGAAGAUAGUAAACAAAAAUUGCCCAAAAUUGACAAGUUUUUUAGUCAGCCUUCUGCAAGUACAUCUAGCCAAAAUAUUUCUAUUGAUAGUGACUCAAAUAAUGUGGUAACUGCAGUGUUGGUUGAGAAGCCUACUGAAGAAGAUUCGACAAUUAUUGCAGUUGGAGAUACCUCCGCCGCCGAUCAUGUGAACGUGGAUGAUGUUUGCAUGACACACAUAAGAGCGGAGGGUUUGGAGGAACCACAGACCUCUACAUUUUUCGAAAAUGUGUACGACAAAUCUUCUUAUGACUUGGGAAACUUCCCGAACAAGAUAUUAAGUGAUAACGAAAAACGUCAAAUUCUUGAUAUGGGGCCUUUACAGCCUUCAGGACCUUUUCCAACAGACAUCAACCAGAACAAUAGGUGUUUUUCAAAAUCGUACUACGUUUCGUGUUCUAAAUAUGGGCCAGUUAAUCGUUUUUGNACGAUGGAAAGUGAACAGCUGUUGAAAAAUGCUAGGUGA